GCAAUUUUGGCAAGAGAUGCUCUAGUGAAGACAAUAUAUUCUCGGCUCUUUGACUGGAUUGUUGGCCACAUAAACAGAGCACUGCAUUCAUCUGCCAAAGCACAUAAGUUUAUAGGUGUUUUGGACAUCUAUGGGUUUGAGACAUUCCAGAUCAACAGCUUCGAGCAGUUCUGUAUCAACUAUGCCAAUGAGAAACUUCAACAAAUUUUUAACAUGCAUGUCUUUAAGCUGGAGCAAGAGGAAUAUGUGAGGGAACAGAUCCAGUGGUCGUUCAUUGACUUCUCCGACAACCAGCCAUGUAUAGAUCUGAUUGAGAGCAAACUGGGUGUUCUGGAUCUUCUGGAUGAUGAGUGCAAGAUGCCUAGAGGCUCAGAAGAAAACUGGUGUCAGAAACUGUAUGACAAACAUCUAAACAAAUCUCAGCACUUUGCCAAACCACGUUUGUCUCGUUCAGCCUUUAUCAUACACCAUUUUGCUGACAAAGUAGAGUAUCAAGCAGACGGGUUUCUUGAGAAGAACAGAGACACCGUCUUAGAGGAGCAGGUCAACACACUCCGAGCCAGUCAGUUUCAACUAGUGUCAGCCUUAUUCAUGGAAGAGACUGAAGAUGUGGCUCCUGGAGGAGCAGGCGGCAGAAGAAAUCGCUCAUCAUCCACAACCCAGCCAGUGAGAGUCCAGCCUAAAGCUGGCAGCAAACAGAACAAGAAGACUGUUGGCUCCCAGUUCCGAGACUCUCUGUGCUCGCUGAUGGAUACUCUGAACGCCACCUCACCACAUUACAUCAGAUGUAUUAAACCUAACGACUUGAAGGAAGCCUUUUUGUUUGAACCUAAGAGGGCAGUGGAGCAGCUGAGAGCUUGUGGUGUGUUGGAGACAAUUCGUAUCAGUGCCGCUGGAUACCCAUCCAGAUGGACUUACCCGGAGUUCUUCCAGCGUUACAGAGUUCUGGCCAGCUCCAGACAUAUCAUCAAACACGAUCUGCAAAAAACUUGUGAGGUGAUCUUGUCUGCUCUAAUUGCUGAUGAGGACAAAUACCGAUUUGGCAAGACCAAAAUCUUCUUUAGGGCAGGCCAGGUGGCUUAUCUGGAGAAACUGAGGACCAGCAAACUUCGUGCUUGUGGGGUCAUGAUUCAGAAACACAUUCGAGGAUGGCUGCAGAGGUGCAAGUACCAGAGCAUUCGUAACACGGUUCUGCUGGUUCAAAGAUUUGGAAGAGGACUUUUGGCAAGAAAAUAUGCAACACAUUUGCGGAGAAUGAGAGCAGCAGCUCGUAUCCAGGCAGUAUGGAAAGGCUACCGCCAACGGAAGAUGUUCAAGAGCAUGUAUUCUGCUGUUGUCAUCCUUCAGGCUCACGUGCGAGCAAUGAUUGCCAGGAGGUACUACACAGAUCUGCUGCGUAACCACAAGGCCCUGGUUCUACAAAAGAACAUUAGAGCAUACCUGCAGAGACAGAAAUUUGAGUGUGUUUUGCGGGGAAUUAUACUGACCCAGUGCAAUUUCCGCAGACGCAAGGCUAGGACAGAGUACAAGCUGCUUAAAAUGGAAGCCAGGUCAGUAGACCACAUAAAACAAGUCAACCAGGGUCUGGAAAACAAGAUCAUUGAAUUACAACAACGGUUGGAUAUCCAGACCAAACAGGCAAUGCAAGUGAAGAUUGUAGAAGCAGAAGUGGUGAAGAUGAAAGAGGAGAUUGACAGAUUGAGAAACGUAGAGGCAGUAGUUCAAGUCUCAUCGAAUAAAGUUGUUGAUAUGGAGGUCAAGGGAAUUAUAUUUUUCAUUUACAUAUUCUUUCUAACUAUUUUUCUCCUUCUUUCUUUCUGUAUAUUUAGUUUUCUUUCUGUAUUACUUUCUUUUCUUUCUGUAAUGAAAAACUUGUACAAGGAAAAUUUGGCUCUGACAGAGAAGCUGGAAGAUGCCAAUGCUACUAUUAAACAGAUGGAAGAUAAAGCUGAAGAAGUUGUGAAAGAAAAGAUUGCAAUGGCCAACAAGUUACUCAUUGAGGAGUCUGAACUGGAGAGAUCACACCAUCAGAAGUUGAUCAGUGAAUAUAGCCAUCUGCAGCAGCGGUUCAACAACUUGCAGGAAGAGAUGCAGAACCUAACUGGCAAAAGAAAAGGCCAUCGACACACCCCGUCUGAUACCAGCGCCAUUAGCUUUGACUCUGAAAACAGCAGUGGUGCUGAAGUUGAGCAAAGGGAGGACGGCGAUAAG